UCCGGAAAGGGGCAGGGAUCGGGCGCCUGCGGGACAUCGACAGGUGAUCCGGAAACCUGCCGAGCCACACAGCGAGCGACCGGGAAGUCACUAACGUCACUUACUUCCAAUUCUUGCGCUUUUCCUCGUUGACGCCACGACCCUUUCUCGACUCCAACUUGGGGAGAAGUCGAAUGAAAGUUUGCGUAGUGGCCAGCCAUGAGUUCGUCGGAGAGUCUCCGUCCAGCUACCGGAGGUCGCAAGCCCCUCGGCAAGCUGGCGGCCCGCCUGGAGGAGCUCAAGAGUCCGUGGCGCCAGGUGUCCUCGCUGGAGCUCAGCCACAACGAGGCCGCCCGCCUGGCUACCGACGCGCUGCUCGAGCACGGCGAGCGCGAGUACCGCCGCGUCCUCACCGAGGAACGGGAGCUCAGCUUCCUGUCCCAAGCCGAAAUCCAGUACAUUACGUGUCACCGGGUCCCGGGUAGCGACAGCACGGCGGCCGGGAGCGGGACCGGUCCUGGGAACGGCACCGGCCCGGCGGCGGAGGACCAUCCCGAGGCCGGCGAAAGCGAGGUUGGCGAUGACGUCGCGUCGGACCUCACCUCUGGGACUUACUUCCCGACAAUGACCGACGACGAGCCGCCGGUCCUGGAGCUCGGCUGGCCGGACGCCCCGCUCAGGUACGGGCCCUCGGAAACGCAGAUCUAUUUCCAGAGGGACAAGACAGUCAACGUCAAAGACAGAAUACGCUCGCUCAUCAACAAGGCAAAGAAGGUGAUCGCACUGGUCAUGGACGAGUUCAGCGACGUGGAUUUGCUGUGUGACCUGAUGGAAGCGUCCAGCAAGCGCAAAGUUGCCGUGUACAUCCUGCUGGACCACAAGAAUCUUCACCUUUUCACCGACAUGUGCUCCUUUUUGGAUGUGCACGGCGUCAACAUGAGCAACAUGCGCAUCCGCAGCGUGUACGGCGACACAUACUGCACAAAGAGCGGCAGGAAGUUCAGUGGCCAGGUCCUGGAGAAGUUCAUGAUCAUCGACUGUGAAGAGGUCAUUGCUGGAUCCUACAGCUUCACGUGGCUGUCGGCCCAGGUCCACAGCAACAUGGUGAUUCAUUUCUCGGGCCGCAUCACGGAGAGUUUCGACCGCGAAUUCCGCUGCUUGUAUGCCGACUCUCAGAUCAUCGAGUCCUUCCACAAUGAUGACGACGAGGGGCUUCCAUACUUCCCGCCAUACUCAACGCCACUCACGGUGACGGGCUUCAUGCCGCUCAUCAAGGCUGAUCUGCUUUCAGACAGGCAACGGCCCAGUUCCGACAACUCCAGCAGCCAGUCCGGCAGUAGCUUGUCCAGCGUGAAGGCGGCGCCCGGCCUGAUCUCCAACCCUGUGUACAAGGUGACCCAAGGCCCGGAUAAAGGCGACCCGCUGUGCUCUCACCUCGGUCUGGAGCGACGGCUCCAAAACCUGGCUCCAUUGCGCCCCUCCUCUAACGGGGCCAUGAUCAACCAGAGUCCACUCUUGGAGCGCCGCACUCCAGCCUACGGGCUUGAGCGAACCAAAGGCAACCCGGCCGACAUCAUGUGGGCCCCCCGGGGAGGUGUACCUUCCAAGUUCCAGGCUCUGGGCCUGUACGAGCACAAAGUCAACCUGUUCCACGCCACGUCGCCGCCACCUCGCCUGCACCGGAGCCGCACGCCGCCGCCGCUGGUGGUGCCGGAACCCAAACUGGGCGCCAAGCAGAGGAGCUCGUCCAAUCAGCUCCUCCACAAAUUGUCUGACUUCUUCCUGCCGCCGUCGGGCAAGGACCACUUGGCCAGGUCAGCCUCGCCUCAUGGCACGGUGGUGUGGGGGGGGCCCGACCUCUCGCAGAACGAGUCAGAGAGCCAGCAGGCUCCCCCGCCCCCAUUGCUCCAAGUCUCCAGGCAGGACCAGAACCUCGACCAAGACAAAAACAGCAAAGCAGAGCAAAGUGCCCAACAGGACCCAACGGCCGGGCAUGACCAAAUCACCAGGCAGGACCAGAAGCGCAUGACGCUGGGCCACAGCAAGCUAGAUCUGGUCAACCAGUACAACAAGAUGAAGACAAAGCAAGUGUACAGUCGCUUUGAGCUCAAGAGCUCCCAGUGACAUACCGAGGUGAGUCCAGCGUGCUCAAAACACCCCGCCAAAGAUAAAAAACAAGCAAAAAAAAAACAACGCCAUUUAUUCGGGCAGGACCGGAAACGCGGCUCACCUGGCACGAAAAGAUGAAGGCGGAGCACGUUCGGACGCUCGCAAACACACUUGGAAGCAGAUGUGUACUGGCUGGGCACUUGGUUUGACUGGCAGGGGCUACGCUGGACACUGGGCACAUGCUGAAGGCUCUUUCGAACGCGCACGCAAAUGUUUUGGAGGCGCAGCCAUUGCCUGCCCAGACCCCUGUGCUCAAAAUUUGUUGCAACCGCUAAAAAGCCACAAUGGGCUCGAGUCCGACGCCAGCCCGAGUUUUCAAAUUCCGAAGAGAUCCGCUUUGACCACUCUGUGGGCACCUCGCGUUGGACGGCGUCGAAAGGGCGUCCAGCCGGAAUGGAGGCCACAUCGUCAACAAGCGGCUGUUUGGGAACAGACCCGCAAGCGUGCUGGUGUCUUUACUGUGUAUAAAGGGGAGUGUAUUUUUGUUGGAUUGUUUUUUUCUUUGCAGGAAACAAAUUCUCUCGCCUUGACUGCCAGUCAGUCGACGCUGAGCAUUGGCGCCACAAACGCCCGCUGCCAUUGCUCAACGCUUCUGACAUAUAUUCGUGCUUGGUUCUUCAAAAGCAUUUUGGAUGUGGUUUUUUUUGGGGCUCAUGUCAAAAGGGUGUCCCGGUCUUCUGCUAUAAUCUCAUUUCCAAACCGGUGGAGAAGAAGCAGCGUCCACACCAUGACACGCACUGAGGCCAAAAACAAAGUUAGCCAGCGAGGGCCACAAGGCGCUGCAUGUGGCGCGAGGACACCUCGGCACGAGGCGGCCGCAUGCGGACAGUUUGGCUCCACUGGAGUCUCUACUUUGGAGAUGAUGUUCAAAGAAGAAGAAUUUGUUGGUGAACGCAAUAAAAUAACUUUCCCCCUAAUUAAAA